CACUGAUUGCCAACACCUGCGCGUGCUGAUCAGCAAGGGGGGCACGUGUGCACAGCUUGAGUUUUCGGCGGUGAAGCUCUUGAGUUUUUUUUGGGGGGGCCGGUUCUGUUGUUUAUUUUUUGGAUGAAUAAAAUAAGCAAAUGUUUAUAUCAGUUGUUAUUAGUUGUUUUCGCGCUACCAUGUUCCUGCUGCUGGUCAGCAGUGGCUGCCCGCCGCCGCUUCCAUGCUCUGCUGGCCACACGGACGCGCUGCACUCUAUCAGCGAGUUGAGUCAGUACACCUCUGGCAGCAUCUUCUCACCGCUGCUCAAAGCGCUGUCCGAACACGGAGGCUCCCGGUGGAACCCGACCUCCAGGAAAAAGAUCAAACCCGAGCACAAGUACAUCAAGUAUUUGACGGAUGUUUACAAGAGAACGGCCAGAGAUCACAGGAGUUUAGACGGUGGUGCGCACUACAACGUCGUCAGACUGAUCAAGCCGCAGGAGCAAUGUCUUGCAAAAAGCGGUAAAGAGAUGUACAAACUGGACUUGUCCUACAGCCUCGAUCAAGUCCGAGAAAAGGAGCAGCUUGUGAAGGCGACCCUGCUAUACAGUUCAGACCGCGCGGACUCUGUGUGCUACCUGAGCAUCAAGGAGCAGGAGCACUCCAACAAGUGUCCGCUGUGUGCCGGCAUCCACCGAGCUGUGAACUUCAGCGCCGGCGCGCACGACUCGGGAAGAGGACACUGGGUGGAAGUUGACGUCACUUUCUUUCUUCAGCCUCUCUCGAAAGUCCCGAAGCAGAACGUACAACUUCUAAUCGAUGUGGUCUGCAGUGAGGAGCAACUAGCUGUAGAUGUCGGCCAUAAAGGUUCUUUGGAGUUUACAGUGGACCCUCCUCUGUUGCUUUAUCUCCAUGACGACAGCAAAGUGUCUCGCCAGGUGGUACCAUCCAAGACACUUAGCAAGCAGAUGCUCUUCAAGGCCAGUCAAAUGGUCCGAGCCAAGAGACGGCGGAAGAGGGAGUCUUCAAAAAGCAAAAGAGGCGAUAAAAGUUUCGAUAUCCACUUGCCGGAGCUUCUUCCCAGCUCUGAAUUCUCCACGAGUUACUGUGACUUGUACGAUUUCAGAGUACGGUUUAGCCAGCUCAAGCUGGAUCACUGGAUCGUCUUCCCACCUAAAUAUAACCCCAGGUACUGUCGAGGCAUCUGCCCGAGGACCAUCGGCUUCAUCUACGGUUCCCCCGUCCACACCAUGGUGCAAAACAUCAUCUACGAGAAGCUCGACUCCUCCGUGCCGAGGCCUUCGUGUAUUCCCUCUCAUUACAGCCCGCUAAGCGUCAUGAUCUUUGAAGAGGACGGCUCCUACGUGUACAAGGAGUUUGAAGACAUGAUCGCGACCAGGUGCACCUGCCGCUAAACCAGCGGAUCUGCCCCACCCCCGAAACACAUAAACCUUUUGGUACGCUAUUAACACAUAAGAUGUUCAGACCAGACUCUGUGAUUUCAUAAAGUUGUAAAAAAUCAUUGUGCAUAGAAGAUGUGUGCUCUGGAGCAGGUGUGUUUACUUAAACAAUGUAUUUUAACAUUGUGAAAACUAAAGAAAAAGAAGAAAUUAAUGGUCAUUUCAUUUCUGUUGAUGCCUUAUCAGAAAGGGAUGCAUAUUCAUCCUGUGUUUCAACUUAAUGCAAUAUGCUCUUGGAUAUGAAACACUUGUGCGCUAUAUAAUUUGAGAUUAUUUUAAGUUAUUUUUUGUUAAUUUAUUUUUGGGUUAGUGGUCUGUCCUUUGUUAUUUAAUUUGUUACAGUUGGCGAGUUUUAAGUAGCCCUGUUCUGGACCCCAAAAAAAAAUUAGGACAAAGCAGUCACACAAUCUCAUCAAACCUUUUACAUAUUGUUUUAUUCCUUUACAUUCCAAACAGUUAUCUGAGUGGUAGCUGUCUUCACAAUGCCCAGAAUGAAAGCUGUCAUGGUGUCAGUGUGUAUUUAUUACUUCUGGUCACUGAGUGACUGCGUGCCUAUGAAUUUGUACUGGUUGAAUGUGACUAGAUGCAUGUCGUGUAUUUAUGCAAAUUAUAUGAAUUCACUGCGUGUCUGUGUUCAGCGUAAGAAUAUUCUAACAAAUGAAAAUAUGUGCUCUGAAAAGUUGGGGAAUAAAUGAAC